ACACACACACACACACACACACACACACAUGUAUGUAUAUAUGUGUGUUUGUCUGAUAAAUUUAUCAAUUAGUGGUUGAUGCUUGAUUUAGAGAGCCAAAUGCCAAUCAGUUUCAGUUCAUUUCAGAAUCAGACCAGACCAAUAAGGGAGCGGUAUACGAAGGUUAUCAUCAGCGCCCGGUACAUUCUGUGGUUGUUGAAUUUUGAUUGUCUAACCUAACUUCUAUUUACACCAUAACACAGCAAGAAAUUGAUAACUUUGUUGUGGAUUUAUAUAUCUUACAGUUAUUUUCAUUACUCAAUCCCAAACUGUGUUUCAGGUAGACCAAUUUUCUCUUUUGACAAGGUGCUCAGCUUGAAAAUCUAUUCAUUGAGAUGGGUGAUUCAAACAAGGUGAUAUCAUGCCGAGCCGCAGUGGCCUGGGAGGAGAAAAAACCUUUGGUGAUGGAAACUAUUGAAGUAGAUCCGCCACAAGCCGGAGAGGUGCGAAUAAAGGUUACUUCUGUAGCUCUGUGCCACACUGACGCCUACACUCUUGAUGGCUUGGAUCCUGAAGGAAUUUUUCCUUGUGUGCUGGGUCAUGAAGGUGCUGGGAUAGUAGAGAGUGUCGGGGAAGGUGUGACUAGCUUUAAACCAGGUGACCAUGUCAUUCCUCUGUACAUUCCACAGUGUGGAGACUGCAAGUUUUGCAAAUCACCCAAAACCAACUUGUGCAGUAAAAUUCGGCUUACUCAGGGCAAAGGUUUGAUGCCUAAUGGAACUACAAGAUUUACCUGCAAGGGAAAACAACUGUUUCAUUUCAUGGGCUGUUCUACCUUCAGUGAAUAUACUGUAGUGGCCGAAAUAUCUCUGUGCAAGAUCUCAGAGACAGCCCCAUUGGAGAAAGUCUGCCUGCUAGGUUGUGGAGUACCGACAGGGUAUGGGGCUGCACUCAACACUGCAAAGGUGGAGCCAGGCUCUAACUGCGCCAUUUGGGGACUGGGAGCCGUGGGGCUGGCUGUGGCUUUGGGCUGUCAAGCAGUGGGGGCUGCUCGUGUCAUUGGCAUUGACCUCAACCCUCAAAAGUUCGAAAUUGCUAAAAAAUUUGGAGUGACAGAGUUUGUGAAUCCCCUGGACCAUGAGAAGCCUAUACAAGAGGUUCUGAUUGAAAUGACAGAUGGAGGAUUGGAUUAUACUUUUGAAUGUGUCGGAAACGUCAAGACAAUGAGGGCAGCUCUAGAGGCCUGCCACAAAGGGUGGGGGACGUCUGUCAUAGUGGGUGUGGCUGGAGCGGGACAAGAGAUUUCCACCCGCCCCUUCCAGCUGGUCACUGGUCGUACUUGGAAGGGAACUGCAUUUGGAGGCUGGAAGAGCAAAGAUAGUGUCCCGAAGCUAGUUGACCAAUACUUGGCCGGCAGUCUGAAACUGGAUGAGUUCAUCUCCGAUGUUCUUCCAUUCGAGAAGAUCAAUGAGGGGUUUGAUUUGUUACAUGCAGGAAAAUGUAUCCGUGUGGUUUUAAACUACUGAAAAGAAGAAGAAAGCUCUCUCCAAAGUGAUAAAUAUAUAAUAGGAAGUGCCUAAUUUAACAUAUUCCAAAAUUUAUAUAAGAAAAUUAUUCUAAAUAUCAUUUUUGGUGUAUUGUUAUUGUCUAUUAAACAUGAUGUAUAUUUGUGA